AUGGCGAAAGCGUCAACGAACAUGGAAACCGUUUUACUUUGUUCGAAAUCGAAAAAUGAAAAUAAAAAAAAUAAUUCUUACAGAUGUUCCGGUUUAUUAAUCGGCGACCGUUUCGUCAUAACAACGGGUAUCAUAUUGAUACCUUUUUUAAAUAACGAAUAUUUCGAUUUGAUAAACAAUUGUAAUUAUUCGAAAUUGAAAAUGUUCGAUACGAAUCCGAUGAAAAAAAUCGGCGUUUGGAGGGAAAUUGUUGAUCGUACGGACGUUGCCAAAUCGAAAUCAUCGAUUAUCGAAGCAACGAGUCGAUUGGUUGCAAUUUGGAAAUGUCCUCUGGUGGAACGAACACUUCGAAACGUAUUUUUUGAUUGGACGAUCGAACACGGUUGUACUGGGGAAAAGUCGUUGGACAACGACGAAAUUCGAGUCUCUAAACAAUUGUUAUCGAUAUUUGCGAUACUCGAAUUAGAAGACGAGAGGUAUGGCAACGUUGGAGAGAGUCGGAUCGCGUCGACGUUGACGAUGACACUCGAAAAGUUUUUGACGAGGCCCGUGGUGAGAGGGCGGGAAAUAAAAAUAAUAUCGACGCCAUUCGGAAACGAUUUAUUUAUAAAUUCUCUAAGUUCUGGAAUAAUAAGUAAUUUGGUUGGAAUUGAAAAUUGUUUGAUUUUAACGGAUGCAAGAACUGUUCCAGGGUGCGAAGGAGCGCCAAUUUUUUCAUCUAUGAAAUCAAGGUAUGAUGAUAAUAAUAAUUUAAUAGGUUUAGUAAUUUGUCCUUUGACAUGGUGCAAAGAUGUGAAUUCUGAUAUUCCAAAAGAUUUGGAUGAAAUUGUUGUUUUGAUUUGUAAUAAUAAUAAUAUUUGGGGAUCUGGAAUUGUUUUAAAUUCCAAAACCGUUUUAACUUGUUCACACGUUUUGAAAAAUGUAAGUGAAGUGUCAGUUUUUUACAAAAAGAAACAUCAUUCUUGUAAAAUAGUUUAUAAAACAGAUGAUGACGUACCAUACGAUUUGGGUAUCGUUCAAAGCGAAAAUGAAAUUUUUACAAAUUUUAUUAAAUUUUCCAAAGAAUUUCCCACAAUUGGAGAUGAAGUUAUUGCAGUCGGUUUUCCUUUUUUUUCUGAUAAAUAUGAUGUAAAUAUUCGACCGAGUUUAUCAAAAGGUUCCAUAUCUCUUAUUAAAUCUAAUAUGAUACAAACUACUUGUUGUAUACAAUCGGGAUUUAGUGGGGGACCAUUACUUAAAAAUGGACAAUUAAUUGGUGUGAUCGUUUCAAACACUAGGGAUUUAGGAACAGGAGCUCAUUUUCCUCAUAUAAAUUUUGUAAUUUCAUCAAAAGCUUUUGAAGAUGUCAUUGUUAAAUAUUUAGAAACGAACAAUGUUGAAUUAUUAAAAAAACUUAAAUCUUUAAAAAUACAAAUGGAUGUUAAAAAUAACAUGCAAGAUUUACAAAAUUUUGCUUUAGAUUUAAAUAACUGGGAAAAAGAAAUGAAAAAAAAAGAAAUGGAAUUAAAUAAUGAGAAACCGGUUGCUACAAAUUAUCCUCCUCCUCCUCGAAAUAAAAUAAAAAGAAAUAAACCAAACAUAGAAAAAAACAGCUCAAGUAAAACGAAAAAAAUUUCAGGUUAUGAUUAUUCAGCUUGGGAUAAAUAUGAUGUGGAUAAAGCUUGUGCUGAAUUAGAUUCCGAAGAAAAUGAUAAUAAAAAUGAAGAAAAAAAUGUUGAUAUUGUCAAGUCAGAGAAAAAAGAUGGUGAUAAUGAAAAUGAGAAUGAUAGCGAAGAUGAAGAUGAUAAUAAAAAUUCUCUUAUAGACCAAGCUUAUUAUGAGAAAGAAAUGGGAAAUCAAUUUGUUAAAAAGGAGCAAUGGGAUGAUGCAGUUCAAUGUUACACUAAAGCUAUUAAUUUAGAUUCGAAAAAUGCAAUUUAUUAUGCAAACAGAUCACUUUGUUUUUUAAAAUUAAAAAAUUUCAAAUGUGCAGAAGUUGAUGCGACGACUGCUCUGCAACUAGACAACAAAUAUGUCAAAGCAUUUCAAAGAAGAGGCUAUGCUAGAUUAGCAUUAGGACAACUUCAAGAAGCAAAAGUUGAUUUUGAAGAAGUUUUAAAAAUUGAACCGAAAAAUUCUUUGAUGAGUUUAGAAAUAAGCAAAAUAAAUAGUAAAUUAAACAAAGAAAUGAAAUUAGCUCAAUCGGAAAAAGACAAAACUUCUUUUAAUCCCAAAAAUAUAUUUAAAAAUGAAAAAGAAAAAACAAUUACUGUUUCAAAAAAAACCAAAGAAUCUGAAAAAGUAUUAAGUUCAGAUAAUGUAUCUAAAAAAAAUUUUAAUAAAAAUUCUGAAAAGGUAAUUAAAAAAGAAUCUACUUUAGACAUUUCUAAAGUACAUCAAAAUAGAGGUGAUGGCGACAAAGCUUCAUCGCCUACCAAGAAAACUGACACAGAAGGAUCUGAAAUCUUUGGUAAACUACCAGAUAAUUGUCAUUUAAUUUAUCCUAUACAAAUUCCACCUCAUAAAAGAUCAAAGAAACCCCUUAGAAGAAUCAAUAUUGUCGAAGUCAGCGAAGAAAAAUAUGGUAGAGCAAUGUAUGAUUUUUUACAAAAAAAUUCAGAAACAUUAAAUUUGAAAUCUGAAUCAGUUUCGAAUAUUCAAAAGGAAAAUGUUACUUGUCAGAAAAUAAUACAAGUUCCUGUGACGAAUGAAAAUUACACAUUAGACAUUCCGAAAACUUCAGUUCAAUUUCAAAAUUGUUGGAAGAAAAUUUCCGGAAAACUCCCACAAAUAUUUAACAAUUCUUUAGAAAGCGAUUUAUUCAGUGAAAUAAUAACAUUUUUAGCAUCCGAUUGCAAAGAAAAAAAUUUGGAUGUCGUAUAUUCCAUACUCUUAGAUCUAACCAAUGUGAAAAGAUUCAGUUCGAUGAUUUUAUUCAUGUCAAAAGAAGAUAAAGAUUCUCUCAAAAAGUGUUUAUCCGAUAUAAGUGAAAUUAAAACCAAAGAAGAAAUUUGUAAUAUUCAAAAACUUUACGAAUUGAAAUAG